UACAUUAACCCAUCAAUCUUUCAUAAACAAACACCAUUGAAAUUAAAGCACCAAGCCAAGUAAAAUCCAAGAUCUAAGGAAAUGAGAACUCACUUAGUAGUAGUUUCUGUUCCUGUUAUUAGCCAUCAAAUAGCAAUUUCUGAAUUCUGCAAGAGACUCCUUCAGCUCCAUCCCACCAUUAGAAUCACCUUCAUCAUUCCAGUGCUAGAGUCUCUUCCAAAUGCCUCCAAAUCCAUCAUUGUUUCUCUUUCAGCCCUAGACAUAGAAACCAUUACUCUUCCUCCAGUGAACUUGCCACAAGAGAUCACUGUUCCAGCUCUCAAACUUCCACUUGCAAUGUCUCUUUCUCUGCCUUCUAUCCACGAUGCAUUGAAGUCAAUCACGUCAACUUCACACGUUGUUGCUAUAGUUGCAGAUUAUUUUGCCUAUGAACUGCUCCCAUUUGCUAAGGAACUUAAGAUUUUAUCAUACGUAUUUUUUCCUACAGCGGCAACAAUAAUUUCACUUUGUUUACAUUCAUCAACGCUGCAUGAAACAAUUUCUUGUGAAUACAAAGAGCUGCAAGAACCAAUCAAGAUCCCAGGUUGUAUACCAAUUCACGGUAGGGAUCUACCAACCUCACUUCAGGAUAGGUCAAGCGAAAAUUACAAGCAUUUUCUUCUACGGUCCAAAGCACUACGUCUUGCUGAUGGUAUCUUGGUCAAUAGCUUUGUGGAAUUGGAAGCUAGGGCAUUCAAAGCCAUGAUGGAAGAAAGCAAGAGUAACCCUUCAGUGUACAUGGUAGGACCUAUUGUAAAAAAUGUUUGUGACACCACUCACAAUAAUAAUACUAAUAAUAAUAUCAAUGGGUCACAUUGUUUAGCAUGGUUAGAUGAGCAAACACCUAACUCUGUGGUGUUUGUCUCAUUUGGUAGUGGGGGCACAAUCUCUCAACACCAAAUGAAUGAGCUAGCAUUGGGAUUGGAACAAAGUUCCCAAAAGUUUGUGUGGGUUGUGAGAGAACCAAAUGACUUACCUAGUGCUAAUUAUUUUGGAGGUUCCUCAUUAGGACAAGACCCUUUGAGUUUUCUACCAAAUGAGUUUAUGGAGAGGACCAAAGGCCAAGGUUUGGUGAUUCCAUUUUGGGCACCCCAAGUUGAGAUCCUUGGUCACAAAGCUAUUGGUGCAUUCCUUACUCAAUGUGGUUGGUUUUCUACCCUUGAGUCUGUGGUGAAUGGGGUGCCAAUAAUAGUUUGGCCACUCUUUGCUGAGCAGAGAAUGAUUGCAACAAUUCUAGUUGAUGACCUCAAAGUGGCUAUAAGGCCAAAGGCUAAUGAGAGUGGCAUUGUGGAAAGGUGUGAAGUUGCCAAAGUGGUGAAGAGCUUAUUGGUUGGUAAUGAAGGAAUGAGAAUUCGUAAUAGAAUGGAAGUGAUGCAAGAUGCUGGUGCUAGUGCAAUUAAAAAUAAUGGAUUUUCCACAACAACAUUGUCUCAAUUGGCCACAAAAUGGAAGAAUAUGGGAGGCUGCAAGUAAAAUAUUUCAUGAUAUUUCUGCAAAUAUGACUGUUGUUUUUCUUUACGUUGUUCUUUGCUAAUUGUAACUUCCGCAUAAAUAAUUGAAGAGAAAUCCUAUUUGUCACGAAAAUAAAUUGGACGAAUGCAAUA